AUGUCCGAUUCAACGUUGAAGCACAUUAUAUUUAUCUCUGGGCCCGCCUGGGGCCAUCUGCGGCCAGCUAUAAAAACAGCUCUCAGGAUGGUCGAAAAGUUCCCAGAUUUAUUCGUUUCUCUAUAUGCUUAUGCCCCGGAAAUGCCUAAAGCAAGGAGAUAUCUGAGCGCUCAGUCUUCCGAACACGCGAGCCGAAUCAGGAUUGUGAGUACUCCUGAAGAUGACGAGCCCAGGCUACCGACGAUCAACCCAACCGACAUAAUCAAAUACCUGGAAGAUUGCUUCGGGAUAUGGAUAGCUAGAGAACUUCAGGAACCCAGCGUAACUCAUGCUGAAGGUCGAGCUAUUAGAAAGCCAAGUUGGAUAAUUGAAGACCUUCUUAACGGAGGUGUAUCGGUACCUUGCAAACACGUUCAUGGGCUGCCUAUUGCAGCGUGGUGGGUAUCCACAGCUGCGUCGCUAAUGGGUCAUGUGGGGAAUAAGGACAACGGGCACAGUGGUAGAAUUUUCGAAUACAUAUCCCAUCAUCCUGACUUUUCGCUCGAGGAAGCUAGCGAGAUGUUCCUACAGGCAAUUUCUGAUCGAUUAGUUUGCAUUCCGGGUGUUUUUGUUCACCAUGAAUGGGAGCUUUUCCCUCAAAACAUCCCCAUGCUCGGGCCAUUCUUCACGACCUCGUUCGGGCGAUGGUUGAAUCUGCUCAAACACGUUGACAUAAUGACUUGCUGCACGACUUUUGAAAUGGAACCAAUCUCGGCCGGUGCUCUCGCCUACGGACUUGAUAAGCCAUUGACUACUUUCUUUGUGGGACCUGGAGUAGAUCUGGCUGCACCUAGUCCAAUUGAUCCCGAACCCCGAGUCGCACGGUUCCUAGAUAGUGCAUUGGUCGAAAAAGGCGCGCACUCGGUUAUCUACAUUGCCUUUGGGUCGAUCUUCUUUCCUCCUCCGACCUCGUUGUCCCAUCUGAUUGCAGCCAUUGACGAGAUACCCAAGGCCGGGCUCAAAUUUAUUUUAGCUCUCUCUUCUCCGAUUGCCAAAAUUGAUCAAUCCUGGAUGGACGCGCAUAUACAGGCGGGGAAUGCAAUAUUCCCCGAGUGGACGAACCAAACCGCGAUUCUCGAGCAUCCUGCCGUUCAUUACUUCUUGUCUCAUGGCGGAUGGAACUCAAUCUCAGAGGCGCUUGUCCGUGGGGUUCCUAUGAUCCUUUGGCCCAUGGCUGGAGAUCAACCAACGAACGCUGUGCAAAUUUCUGCUAUGCACGACUGCGGUUUUGAGCUUCUCCAAGUUCGCACCGGACCUGCCAAGUCCACAGCCUAUCAAAAUGCUACCGAAGUCAAGAUUGUGGGCACGGACGACGCGGUUCGCAAUGAGAUGAAGCAUAUUCUAGAGCUUACUAAAGGUCCGAGGGGCGGACACCAACGAAGGAACGUUGAGCUGUUGGGCAAGGCUAUUGUCAAAUCGCUAGCGCCAAGCGGAAGCGGGGACUUGGAACUAGAGAGGUUCGGUAAAGCAUUGGGGCUCUGA